AAACUCCCACAGACCGUCGUAGUUAUAAAGUGCGGAGAAGUUUGAGAAGACAAAUCCUGCAUGUCCACAGUUUCCUGGAAUAUGAAGAAAAGAAUGACCUACUUGAAACAUCUUUUCAUUUUGGUCACACUGCGAUGCUUCGUUCAGGGUGAAACAGAGGCAGUACGACCAGCAAAAAUGUCAGGUGUUUUCUGCACUUUUAAAGAGAAGACGUAUAGGCCAGGAGAUAGCUGGCACCCCUAUUUGGAGCCCUUUGGAUUCAUGUUCUGCAUGCGCUGUACUUGCACAGAGUCUGGUCAUGUGAAAUGCAACAGCAUCAAAUGCCCUGUUCUGCGAUGUGAAAAUCCAGUGACUAACUCACAGCAGUGUUGCCCUCGUUGUGCAGAUGAGCACAGAACUCCUGCUGGUCUGCGGGCACCCAUUAAAACCUGUAGGUAUAAUGGAAGCACUUAUCAAACAGGGGAAACAUUUGCCAACCAUGAGCUUUUCCCAUCCCGUCAGUCGAACCAGUGUGUCAUGUGUACUUGCUCUUAUGGGAACAUAUUCUGUGCAUUGAAAACCUGUCAGCCCAUUACAUGCUCCUCACCAGUGUCAGUCCCGGAUACUUGCUGCUUAGUGUGCAAAGAAAGUGCAAUUGAUAUCAAUUCUGCAUCAUUUGAGGACGGAGGACAACAACUGAACAGAGGAGUUAGGCAUUCUGUGGAUCAGUGUGCUGCGGAACAGGUCAGGGGUCGCUCAGUUAGGGCCACGCCGUCGACACUGCGGGGGUCUCCCCGAGGUCUCAACCUACAGACCCUACACCUCAAAGGAGCUUCUGAAACUACUGUUAAAAUUCUUCUACAGCGCAAACAUCAGAGAGCUUGUGUGUACAGUGGCAAGACUUAUUCUCAUGGUGACGUGUGGCACCCGGUGCUGGGGAAGGUCUUGGAGUGCAUCCUGUGCACCUGCAGGGACGGCUUUCAAGAAUGCAGGCGCAUCACGUGUCCCAACCAGUAUCCAUGCCAACAUCCCAUAAAGAUAGAGGGGAAAUGCUGUAAGAUUUGUCCAGAGCUCAAAGCAGAGAGCAACAGGACGGAGUGUUACAUUGCUCAAGACAAUAACAGUCUCUUGGUGUAUAAAGUUGAACCCCCAUCAGCUGCUCAGUCAGAAGAUAAAGUACGGAUGAUUGCCAUUGAGAGACAAGGAGCCACGGAAGUAGAGGUGCAAGUCUGGAAAACGGUUGAAGGUGUUUUGCAUCUGAUGGAGACAGGUGACGUUCAGAAGAAAGACCUCAUAGACCAUCCGGAAAAUUACAUUUUGCUGACUACAUUAGAUGAGGACGCUUGGAGAAAGUUCAAAGAAGAAGAGGACAAGCAGAACUCGAGUAAGAUUAGGCGCUGUGAAGACGGGAUCAAGGAAGUGGUGAAGUACUUAAACCCUGAACAGCUGGACAGUCUUUGCACUUCUUAGUCUCCUCCCCACUCUAACACUGUGCCAUCCCAGUCUGACACUAAUUUUAUUACCAGAAGAACACACACACCCACACUCACACAAUGUGCAUGUAGUACAAAACCAGAUGCUGGCAGCAGGUAGUCUAAAGAUCUUGUUUAUUACUAUGAGUCAGUUUAGCGCAAGUCUUUAUGAGUUUGACAUCCCAGAAUUCUUUCUGAGACCUUGUUUUUUUUUCCAGAGGCCUUGAGGUCAGUCCUUUUUCUUGCAUUGUUGAAAAAUGCAUGGUUGAUGAGAAAAGUGAGUGAAUAUAUGCUAUUUGGCUGGAAUUAUAAGGAAGUACGAGUUUAAACAAUCAUCAUCAUCAUCAUUAAAGGAAAUGAUGUAUGUAAUUUUAGCAAGCAUCCACUGUAUGUACAUAAGAGGAAAAACAAAGGAUGAUGUAGACAGCUUAUUGGCCGGAAUGCUUUUAUAAAGUUGACGUAGGCCACAUUUUUUUUCCCACUGUUCUUAAUUAUACGCUACUCAUAUAUGUAGCAUGGAUCAGAUAAAAAUACACUAUUUAUUGUAAAGUCAAAGCAGCCAACAUCUUUAAUUCAAUAGAAUAUUUUUCUGCCUAUCUUCUAUGCAGAAAAUUGUAAUGUAUGUAGCGUGUGUAUUGAUCUGAUUAUGUAUAACUCGUAUGCACUUAAAAUGAUGAGAAAUAUAUUGGGCUGGUGUCCUGACUAACUAAUAUAAAAUUGUAUUGAAAGAUUUCUUUUAUAGACUGUUCUUAUGUUCUUGUUUUCAAACGUUAUUUUGAUAUGGAAGCCUGUUUCUGCCCAAAAAAAAUCAAAAUAAAAUAAAUAAA